AUGCGGAGCAGAUGGCUUCUGUGGGUGGCAUGGCCUUGCUACUGCCGCGAGUUUCUGCAAAGCGAUCUGGGGGAUGUGUCGCCACUGCCAAAGCUGCCGCCCCUGCCGAAAUCCCCACCGUUGCCGCUGGUCUCCCACCACCGCCUGGUCGUGCAUAACGGCUGCGACAAGGAGGAUGUAUGGAUCGGUCACAUGGCCGGCACCACAACCGGACCAGAUCCCCAAAACGUCAAGAUCCCGCCAGGAGGGAGUUACAACUUCACGACCCCGGACGGUCAGACCAGUACUCGCUACUGGCCGAAGUUCGGCUGCGAUGCUGACGGAAACAAGUGCGUGAUUGGUGACAGCGGCGGACCUCAGCAGAUUUGCAGAUCCGAUGGCUGCUCUCCGCCCGUGGACACCAAGUUUGAGGCCACUUUUGGCGUUUCUGGCCUGCCUUGCAGCCCUCUGGAAGGCAUGCGGGAAGGUUGCGACUGGGUGGAUAUCAGCCUGGUAGAUGGAUACACCGUCCCGUUCAAGUUUGAGAUUCAUGGCAGCUGUUGGGAUGCGGACGGGCAUCUCAUGAACGCUUCAGCGAAGAGCGUGGACUGUUCGAGGCUGAGUGUGGAUGACUGUCCCAAGGACGAGACCUUUCACACGUUCGACAGUGCAGGCAAUGCGACUGUGGACCUUCAAGUGAGGCACCCCGCGGCGAGUACGGCUGCCGGUUGCUAUUCACCCUGCAGCAAGCUGACACUGAAUCAAUGGGCCAGUUUCAGCACAACGCAGUACAAUAUGGACGUGUUCAGCCGGGAGUACUGUUGCCCCACGCCACCGGUUUCCCCUGCUGCGUGCAGGGCUGGCAGCGUCAAGUGGUCGAAGUACGUCGGUGCCAUCCACCACAUGUGUCCAGGAGUGUAUGGGUAUUCCUACGAUGACGGCAUGGGGUUGGUCACUUGCCAAGCAACGUCAACCUACUUCUUCACAGUCGGGUGCCCUUCCUCCGGUACGGCAGCAAGUGCCCAAGUUCCGAAAGCCAAUUCCACGAAGCGUCAUCAGAUUCACGAUCUGCCCCGCGCCCACGUGGAAAAGACCAUACGGCAGAGACAGAGGCUGAGUGCCACGAAAAAGCCGAGCUCCUCCGAGGAGAAGCUGCCAGAGGAAAGAACGAAUCUCUCAGAGCCAGAAAAGCUGCCAGAGCUGCCAGUGGAGAAAAAGAAGAAGUCUUCAGAGACAUCCUCAGAGGAGAAGGCGCUCGAGCAGGGCCUCUCACAGCAAAAGCUGCCAGAGCUACCUGACAAGGAAGCCUAUCUGCAAAAGCUGAAGGACAUGAUGCUGAAAAAGCUCAAAAAGCGCAAACUCUGGGAGACCGUGCCAGAGCUCCUGCAAUAG